AUGGCGACGAUAAUCUCUGCAUGGCGCAUGGUAGGAGCCCAAAAACAGCUCCACGACAACCUCUGCAUGGCAAUCUCAGGCGGCAAGGGUGGGCCUUGUGGUUGCGCCCCUGUUUGGAGCCCCAUAAACAUGGAUCCAUGGUUUGCCAUACACUGGAUCUUCGCCAACGACCAUCAACUUCGGUGUGACCUUGUCCCACCUACACCUUGCUUGAUAUCUUGUCGGAGGAACACCCCAGAUUUGAGGCUGUAUCUUAGGGGCACCGUCAAGUUUGCUGUCAGCUUGUCCCACAAAGAGCUUCGUUCAUAUCUUCUCCCACAUGUAUGGUUCAUAUGUUGUCUUCCAUGGUUGUAG